GUUCCAUGACUGUUGUGACUGUGAAGGCCGUGGCAGGCAUGAUUGUUGUCUCCAUCCAAGGAAACUUACAGCUCGACUACCCGAUAUUUUAUAUCAUGCUGGUGUGCAUGAUUGCUACAGCGAUCUUUCAAGCAACAUUUUUAGCUCAAGCCUCGCAGCUCUAUGACUCAUCUCAGAUCGCCAGCAUCGGCUACAUCCUGUCCACAACAGCAGCAAUCACAGCAGGAGCAACUUUUUACUUGGACUUCACCGGUGAAGAUGUUCUCCAUAUAUGUAUGUUUGCGUUUGGGUGCCUCAUAGCAUUUCUAGGUGUCUUCCUGAUCACAAGAAACAGGAAGAAAACGGUACCGUUUGAACCUUACAUAUCAAUGGACGCUAUGCCAGGCAUGCAGAACAUGCACGAUAAAGGGGUUGCAGUUCAGCCUGACCUCAAAGCUUCUUUUUCCUACGGUGCCCUAGAGAACAAUGACAACAUGCCGGAAAUUUAUACUCCAGCUACGUUGCCGAUCGUGCAGGAGCAACAUGGUUCCAAAGGAGUUUCUGCUCCACCUUAUCGGGUGCUGGAGCACAGCAAAAAGGAGUGA